AUGCAUUCCUCAAGCUCCUUCGCCCUCGCCCUCGCCAUCUGCGGCGGUGUAGUCGCCCUAGCCGUCCCGUCCAGCACGAUCGCGGGCCCGGCGACCCCCGUCGCCGCAGCGUGGGCGCCUUCCGACUCGCCGGACUGCACUACGAUCGAGGAGUACUGCAAGUGCAAGGACGACGACUUCCAAUGCGAGACCAACCCGAAUUGCGAGUGGUGCCGCGACCACAACGCCUGGGGCGACCAGAACCCGACGUCGUCGGCGAAGGCCUAG